CAAAAGGACAGCAGCAUCCCCUGCUACUGGGAAAGACAACCCGCAGGCUGUCUGAGGAUCAGGUGUGCCUUCCAUCACAGCAAACCGCGCUACAUAAACGGACUUUUUUUGCCACCUAGUAGCAAUACCCCGUUGCAACAGGUUGUCCAAGAAGGGAGUCUACGUCCAGCCCAUAAUCAAAUAUUUCUUAGAAAGCAAGAGAAGUUUUCACUGCCAGUUCACCCUCCAGUGAUUAUAAACCUGAAAGACGAAAGUGAGGCUGAAGAAGACGAUGAAGAGGAAGAGAAGUCUAUUCCUGACUGGAGGCCUAAGACCACUGAGGAUAUAGAAGAGGAAAGAAAAAUAAAGGAAAUAUGCUAUAAAUCUGGAGACUAUUACAGGAUUCAGCGCCCUCACCAGCCAACAAAAGCUGUGUCUCCCCCUCGGGGAAAGGAACUGUUUCCCUCAGAAGCUAAGGAGAAAGAUGUGCAGAAAGUCGAUGGUAGUAGAAUUCCUACCAAAUCUGAUCAUACAGAGAAGGAGAAGGGAAAUAAUUUGGGAAGGAGA